UGUAAGCUCCGCAAGUGUAUAAUGAUUUUUACACCUCAUUUGCCAUGAGUCAACCUUCUACGUGGUGAUUAAAUAUCCCAAAUUCACCAUGUACCCAAGGGUCAUCCUAAAGGAGACGCUGUACAAGAAGUCACAGCAGAAGAGAAGAACAUCACCGUGCAAUUACAAAGAGAGGACAUUCAUACUGAAUACACAGGAUCUGGCUUACUUUGAACAACGUCCCGGGAAAAAGCCAACUCAAAAAGGCUGCAUCGAGCUAUCUCAUAUAAAGUGUGUGGAGAUUGUGCGCAGUGAUGUUCCCAUUCCCUGCGAUUACAAGUAUCCUUUCCAGAUCAUCCAUGACAGCUACUAUCUGUAUGUGUUUGCUCCAGACAACGACUGCAGGUUAAAAUGGGUCAAAGCUUUAAAGGAAGCCAUACAAAAUAACAGCUUAUUCCUGAAAUACCAUCCGGACUUCUGGGUAGAAGGAAAAUGGAGAUGUUGUCAGCAGACAGAGAAGCUGGCGACGGGAUGCAGCGAAUACUAUCCCAAUGGAGCCAAACCUCUUCCGCCAACGCCGGAUCCAUCGCGCCGAUCCUCAGAGCCAGAGGAGAGGAUUGUUGUGGCUUUGAGGAAUUUCACCCCUAAAGAACACACAGAUCUGCCUCUGCAAAAAGAUGAAGAGUAUUUUAUCGUUGAUUGUUCCGAACCCAACUGGUGGACAGUGAAAGACAAAGAUGGAAAUGUUGGUUCAGUGCCAUGCAUAUACGUUACAGAAAAACUAUCAAACAACAUUGAGAAAUUUGAAUGGUACAAUAAGGACAUAAAUCGAACGGAGGCAGAGGACUUAUUAAUGCAAGAGAACAAGGAUGGGGGUUUCAUGGUCCGUAAUUCUAAGCAUGCAGGUGUUUACACUGUGUCCAUAUUCACCAGAGUUUCAGGGUCUAAUGGAGAGAAAUGUCCUCAAGUUAAGCACUACCAGAUCAAAGUACAGAGUGAAGGUGAAAAAGUCUUGUAUUACUUAGCUGAGAAAUAUUUGUUCCCCACCAUUCCAGAGCUCAUCCGCUACCACCAACACAAUCCGGCAGGUUUGAUCACCAGACUGAGGCAUUGUGUGUCUAGAAAUGUUCCACACUCUGCAAGGAUCAAGGAGUUGUCAUCAGAUAAAUGGGAGAUUCACCCUGAUGAAGUAAAAUUAAGUGUGGAACUGGGCAGUGGGCAGUUUGGCUUGGUGUUGAAGGGAAGUUGGCAAGACAGGGAUGUGGCAGUUAAGACGGUUCGUGAGGGAUUUAUGUCAGAGGAGGAAUUCAAAGAAGAAGCACAAGUUAUGAUGAAACUAUCCCACAAUAGGCUGGUGCAGUUGUAUGGUGUGGUCACUCAGCGUUCACCCAUAUACCUGGUAUUCGAAUUCAUGGAAAAUGGCUGCCUUACGGAGUUCUUGCGGGCCAAAAAAGGCAAUCUUUCCCAAGAGGCUCUGCUGGAGAUGUGUUUGGAUGUAAGUGAAGGGAUGGCCUACCUGGAAAGCUCCAACUUUAUCCACAGAGACUUGGCUGCAAGAAACUGUUUGGUUUCUGAAGAUAAUGUGGUGAAGAUAGCAGAUUUCGGAAUGACAAGGUUUGUCCUGGAUGACCAGUAUACAAGUUCUCAUGGAUCCAAAUUUCCAGUCAGGUGGUCUUCUCCAGAGGUGAUCAAAUUUGGGAAGUACAGCAGCAAAUCAGAUGUGUGGUCAUUUGGUGUGUUCAUGUGGGAGGUGUACAGUGAGGGACGCACACCCUACGACAACCGUAGCAAUUCAGAAGUAGUGGAGACCCUAAAUGCAGGACAUAGACUCCUGAAACCACGGCUCUGUCCUCAGAGUGUGUACGGGUUAAUGCAGUGGAGCUGGAAAGAGAAACCUGAGGAUCGACCCUCAUUUGCACUUCUCCUGCAUGAACUGGCCUGCCUUGAUCAAGAACCUUGAUCCUGAUCAUCACACCUUUCUCUUUUUGCUUAAUAAAAGGGAUAGUUCACUUAAAAGGAACACUUUUUAAUGACCUUAUAUCAACGCAAACCUGUUAGCUAUUUAUGGCGGAACAUAAAGGUACGUUUUUGGGAAAAUGUUUGAAUCCUAUGUAAUAAAGUGUAAAAAAUAAUAAUACUUGUAAUGUUCCUCCAGCUACAGCUCAAAUCAAAUAUACAGUAGCCUGUUUAGAGAUGUUGACCUGUCAUUACAAAAAUCAAGCCACCAAAAAUCAACUGUACAGUUUGUAAUGUUUGUAAGGACAAAGUAAUUAAGGAGCGAAUUUCAUUUUUCUGUGUGAACUAUCCCUUUAAAUUGAAAAUACUGUAUAUUGUACAAAUCACAUAUUGUAUUUAUUUUUAUACUUUAUUUAUUUCACAGAUAUAGUUUUAUGCAUGUUUUCUGCAAUCUCAAAUCUGUCCCUUAGGAGGCACACACGAGCCAUGUUUGUUAAAUUUUAAUUUUACACCAGUACAAGUGUGUAAUUACAAUGUUAACUAUUCUAAUUGCAAUGUUUUAAGUAAAAUGUCACAUUUUUAUCUUUGUAGGUUACUGAUUUAUUUAGUAGUGGGUUUGUUUGUGUGCAUAGAGUUUUAUGUGCAAUUUCCAAAUGAUGUGAAUGUUAACAAUACCCUAU